GAAGUGUACAUAUAGCAACCUAACUUGCCGUUACUUGAAUGAACAAUGAGUAACAAUGGGAAAAAAAUAUUUGGUUUUAUUUAACUAUAUUACUACUAGACUAGACUAUAUCAUCUAGAUCUACGAAGAAACAGGCUUAGCUAGCUUUUUUUUUCUGACUCUCGUUGGUGUUAAAUAAGUCAUCGAAAUAUACUAAUAUUCUUUUUAUUGAAAGAUGACAGAAACUGAAAACCAAGGUGCUCAUAUUUUGCUGUCAGUUGAAGCAGAAGCUUACGUUGAACACUUACAGCAUUUUGAUAUCAAGGAUAUAGGAUCUAUAAGAUGGCACCAGCAACAUGAGUACUUAGAGAAACUAAACAUGCAAGCUGUGAUAAAUGCAGCUGCAAAAGAAGAAGAAUUUGUGAAAGAAUAUUUUAUUUCCUAUGGCAAGAUUCAACUUUUGAUUGAAGACCUGCUGACUACAGAAGUAUGGAAACAAAAAAUAUUCCCUGAAUUAAUAGAAAUGGAAUUUGAACCUAGAACAACAUUUCCUAUUUAUAUUGUGUUGUACCAUGAAGCUACUGUGAUUAAUCUACUGGAGACAAUGAUGUUCUAUAAAGAAACCUGUGAAGCAGCUGAGGAGUUCACGCUAGACCUUGUUGAUUAUGCUUAUAGAAAACUUUGUUUUUUGGCUGCUAAAGGUCAAGCUAAAGAAGAUGUUGAGGAGUUUCUGCCAAACAGUUCAGAUUUGACAAAAUGCUUAAGCAAUAUGGAGGAAUUAGAAAAACAAGACAGACAACUGCAAUUUGAGAUCAGCAUUAAAGCCCUUUCCUUACUGAGAUACAUAACAGAUAACUUAGAUUGCUUGCCUUUAAGUGUUAUGGCUAGAAUUCUCAACACACAUGAUAUACCAAAUCUGCUUGUACAACUUGUGGAGUCACCUCCAUGGACUAAAAGAAAAAGUGGAAAAAUAUUCAAAUUUAUUGAAAGCAAAUGGCAAGAAGUCAGUUUUGAAGACAGUUUAAAACUAACAAAAACUGAAGGCCAGGUGUGGCUGGCAUUGUUUCACUUGUUAAUGGAGAAGCCAUGUCAAGACAAAUAUGAACUGAAUAACUACAGAAUUAAUGUAGUUAUCAAGUUACGUUCAUAUUUGACUGAAGUUCUGUUAGACCAGUUACCUAUCUUGGCAGAGUUGCAGCGUUAUCUAGAGCACUUGGCUAUAAUGGAACCUCCACCAGCCAAAAAAGAUCUUGUCUUAGAGCAGGUGCCAGAGAUUAGGGAAAGAAUACUGAAUAAAUAUGAGGGCAAGUGGAGCAAAGUGGCCAAAAUGUUGUCUAAAACAACUUUCAACCAAUCAGAAGCAGAGACCAGAGCACAAGCUGAAAGGUGGGCAGCAACAUAUAACUUUGACUUACUUCAAGAUCUCAUCUCUGAGCCACCCAAAUGUGCUGUCUGUGGUCAGGCUGCAAGUAAACGUUGUUCACGAUGUCAAAAUGAAUGGUACUGUCGAAGAGAAUGCCAAGUUGGACACUGGAAAAAACAUAAAAAAGCUUGUGAUAUUCUUUAUGACACUUUACAAAAAAGCAAAUGAUUAAUUCUAUGUUGAAUAAAUGUGUUCACACAAAAUA